AUGGACAAUUCAGACCGUCGGAACCCGUCUCGGGGCCAGGGAGCAUCAUUGUGGAAGAACAAGAACAUGUAUAGAGGCGCAGGACCCGAAUGGCGCAAGAGCGAGACACCACUAGGGAUGUGCCGAGAAUUCCAGAUGAAAGGCCAGUGCAAAUAUGGCAGACGCUGCAAAUUCUCUCAUGACCGUUCUCGAAAAGAGAGUGACGCACCGUCGCCGCCACCGCGCAUGCCCAGGGCCGAGGAGACGGACGAACAACGGCAAAGCAAGGCGGACUACCACUCCUGGAGAAGGCUUCUGAAGACCCCACCCCUAUCAAUCUACACAAAAGCAGUUCAAGAACUGUGGGACGGUGCGCUGGCAAUACUAACAGGAGGUGAACGAGAGUGGAAGCAGAUGCUCCCCAGGGACCUGGAUGACGAAGAGUACUACGGUCGCGAUCAUAUCCGAACGUUGCUAAACCUGCGCACAAGAUCUGAAGAUCACAGUGGGUUUAUUCAGAUUGUUCGAUCUUUCCUCCUGGUCAUCACCCAUGCGGCUCUCCUAGAUUGCCUAUCAGUUGAUACCUUUGUGGGUGGCCUAUAUAACUUUAUCAGUGGCACGAAUGGUAGCAGAGCGGUACCUUUCUUCCAGCAUCUGUGUGAGGCAUUGGUCAACGGACACCUUACUUCGAUGUCUCCAGCGGACGUGGCUAUACGGGAAACCACUCUCGUCGCUGCAUCGACUGCCAUUCGCGAGCUCAUCAAAAGAGAGUCUCGAUCCAGAUUCAACGAUGAUCUUCCAACUCUAAUUGACUCUGUGGAAAACGCCGCGCAGAUUGUCGCCGAGGACUCCCAUGCACCAUUUGUGACAAUCGUCCUUCGCCACAUGUGCGAGGUCCGUGCAGUUGUUUCUCGUGCCAAAGGGUUGUUAAUUCAGGAGGAGGAGCCCUUAGAAACUUUCCCUACCACCACGGCGACCUCACGAUACCCUCAGACCUUGAUCAUGCCUCGAGAUCGGCACGACAACGAUAACAUAGACAUGACCAAAAUCAAGAUUUUCCCAACCCGCAAGGAGAUUCUAUCCGAUGAACCAGAGUUCUUGCCAUCAACCGACCUGGACAUGCCCCAUUUCCUCACCAACCCAGCGGAGCGUCACCUUGACACACACUUCCGACUCCUCCGCCACGACACAUUUGGUGAAUUGAAAGACCUUCUCGGUGGGCUUAUGCAGGCUGUGAAGGAUGAUCCCACCAGCCCCAAACUGAGUUUUGGUGACUUCCGAGCCAACCAGUAUGCGGGCGCUUACAUCAGUUACAUUUCUUUCGACAACCGCCGAGCCCUGGAAAUGCACCUAACCUUCACACAGCCUGGCGCUGUGCGAAGCAAAUCCGCAUCAGAGAGGCGUAAAUGGUGGGAGGAGUCACGACGGCUAAUCGAAGGCGUCCUUCUUUCCUUCAUUUCAUUCCAACACGACGAGGUCCAUCAUCUGUUCUUCAUCGUGACACAGAAAAACACGGACACCGGGAAGGACCACGGUCUCUCCAAGAAAGACUACCAAGGCACCAUCACUGUUAAGCUUGCGAGUCAAGACCAGAUAGAGGUUGAGUCCGCACUUCGCCUGAGCACCGACAGGACGUGA